GACGAGGGAGGCGAUGAUGAUGCUGCGAGCUCUGUCGACACGGAGCUGCAAGCAGAGUCGGUGGAGGCCGACGCGGGCACGAGCAGCGAGGCCAGGAUGGCGGCGCUGAGGGCCCGGGCCAUCCAGAUCGAGCGCGACGAGGGCGACGCGGCGGAGAUGGCCAGGAGGAACGAGGCUGAGGCGGAGGAGCGCCCGGCCUACGCGCCGCUGCCCGGCGAGGACGUAGAGAUCAACCCGCGCGCGGUGGCGCGCUACCGAGCGGACAGGCGGAGCCUGGCAGUGCGGGCCCGGGCGAGAGAGGUGUUCGCACCCAUCUCGAAGCCAUGGCACGGGAGGCCACGCAUGGCUCAGGCCGCCGUCGCGAUCGAG